GGACCUUUCGUCUUGCCCUUGUACACAGGGUGCCUCGUAAAAUCAUAUUGUCAUUUAAGAUUUUACAAUCUUUUGCUCUGCUCAUUCUCCAUCUAAUAUAUAAACCUCCUCACAAAUUUCCGCGCUAACAAAGGAAACUGUACGUGCAAGUUAUAUACACUGAUAGCAUAAAUAUGGCAGAGGAGGACGAAGCUUUGGAAAAUAAGAAGGUACUAGUCCGAAGUGCUUCCCACAUGUAUGAUGAAUUGAGGAGUUUUAGGACGUGGUUCAAGUGGAUGUGUGUCGACCAAUCGGACCCUUGGUCUGCUUGUUUAUCUUGGUUUGUGUUCAGUUUACUGGCAGUUGUUGUGCCAUGGCUGUCCCAUUACCUUCUGGCUUGUAGCGAUUGCGAUGCUGAUCAUAGUAGGACUUACGACUCUGUUGUUCAGUUGUCGUUCAGCAGCGUUGCUGUGCUGUCAUUUAUCUGUCUUUCGAGGUUCAAUAAGAAAUAUGGACUUAGAAGGUUCUUGUUCCUUGACAAGCUUUGUGAUGAGAGCGAGACUGUUAGAAACUGCUACACACAACAACUCAAUAGAUCGAUGAGGAUCCUAUUCAUUUUUGUAAUGCCGUCUUUUGUUGUUGAAAGCACAUACAAGAUUUGGUGGUACAGCUCAGGUGGAACCCAAAUCCCAUUAUUUGGCAAUGUAGUCGCCUGCAUUCUGGAGCUGACCUCCUGGCUCUACAGAACCGUCGUGUUCUUCUUAGUGUGUGUACUUUUCCGCUUGAUCUGUUACCUUCAGAUCCUCCGAUUACAAGAUUUUGCUCAAGUACUCUUCCAUGUGGAUUCUGAUGUUGAAUCCGUGUUGCGAGAACAUCUCAGGAUCAGGAGGCACUUGCGAAUUAUUAGCCAUAGGUUCCGCGUGUUCAUCUUGUGGGCACUGAUAUUUAUCACAGCAAGUCUAUUUGCCUCCCUUCUCCUGGCUACACGCCCAAAUGCAGAUCUACGUGUCUAUAAGAGUGGUGAACUUGCGCUGUGUUCUGUCAGCCUUCUUGCUGGGCUGAUGAUACUGUUACGAAGUGCAACCAGAAUUACCCACAAGGCACAAGCCGUGACGUGCCUUGCUGCAAAAUGGCACGCGUGUGCGACAAUAGACUCGUAUCACUGGACUGAGGCUGAGAUUCCUCCAGAAGCACAUCAAGUAGAUUGUAACAAUGAUUUUCCCCCAAGUUCUAUAGGAUCAUCUGAUGCAGAGGAUGUUGGAGAUGAAGAGGAUGAACUGGAUAAUACGAAGUUUGUCCCCUCGUAUGCCUAUAGUACAAUUUCGUUCCAAAAGAGACAGGCUCUAGUGACAUAUUUUGAGAACAAUAGAGCAGGAGUUACUAUAUUUGGCUUCAUGCUAGACAGAACUUCUCUUCACACCAUUUUUGGGAUAGAGCUGACACUGAUGCUCUGGUUGCUUGGGAAAACCGUCGGCGUUUCUUGAAUUAUAAAUUUGCUGCACAAUAGAAAAUUGUGUGAGUAUUUAUGUCAUUGCCUUUGAAAUUGUGUAGUAUAAGAUCAUGUAAUGUGGAUCCAUGAGAUGGUUGUAGUAGUUGUAUGGUUUCUUGGACACUGUAACACAUAUGAAAAUUUUCUUCUUCUUGCUUAUGAUUAAUGCUGAUGAACAAGGAAAACAUCAUGCCUGCAGUAAUGCAAUUGAAGGCAGUCUGAUUCAGUGACAAAAAA